CGGAGAGACCGACGUUGUGUCCCUUUCUAAUUCAAAGCAUCUAAAUUCUUCACGUUUUUAGUCUCGUCUAUAUCUAUCUCAAUUCAUGUGACAGAUUAAAAUUUACGCAUCCAAAGCCUUCACGUUUUUAGUCACAUCUACGUCUAUCUCAAUUCAUGUGAUUUCCGAAAAAGGGAGUUUUUUCAUUUGAUAUAUAAGAACAAACUCCAAGUUCAAAAAACAAAAACAAAGGUAAGAGCCAAAAAAACAAAAUGGAGAGUGAAAAUUCAGUGCCAGUGAUUGAUUUAGAGGAUUUUCCAAGGCAAUCAUACAAGUUGAUUUGGGCCUGUGAAGAAUGGGGUUGUUUCAGAAUUUUAAACCAUGAUAAAAUCCUUCCAGUUUCACUCAUGGCAGAGAUGAAGGAAGUGGUGAGGACAUUGUUUGAUCUUCCAACUGAAAUCAAGAAACGCAACAAAGAUGUACUACCAGUAUCUGGAUACAGGGGUCCUAGUGAAAGAAACCCUCUUUAUGAAGCUUUUGGUCUCUAUGAUAUGUCUUGUGUUGAAGAUGUAGAUGAGUUUUGUACUCAGUUGGAUGCAUCUCCACACCAAAGAGAGACAAUCAAGAAGUAUGCUGCAGCAAUUAAUGGACUAAUGAUGGACAUUCUGCGAAAGAUGAGUGAAGGAUUGGGACUGCGAAAUGUUUCGUUUGAGGAUUGGCCUUGUCAGUUUAGGAUUAACAAGUACCACUUCACCCCAGAAGCUGUAUGUUCCUCUGGGAUUCAGAUACACACAGACUCAGGAUUCCUUACUAUUCUACAGGAUGAUGAACGCGUUGGUGGUCUCGAGGUCAUGAAGAAGUCUGGUGAAUUUGUAGCAGUUGAUCCUUGGCCAAACACCCUCCUUGUGAAUCUUGGAGACAUGGGCACGGUAUGGAGCAAUGGAAGAUUAUACUCUGUGAAGCAUAGAGUGAUGUGCAAGGAAGCAAAACUACGAGUGUCUAUCGCGUCAUUCCUCUUGGGACCAAGGGACACACCAGUGGAACCACCACCUGAGCUUGUGGAUGCUGAACACCCCCGUAUCUACGUUCCUUUCACUUUCAAUGAUUAUAGAGAGCUCCGUCUAUCAACAAAUUUGCAGGCGGGGGAGACUCUUGAUCUUAUGAUGCGUACUAACUUGUAAAACUUGACAAAGCAUCUAUGAUCCAUGUUUGCAUUGUGUUCUUCUGAUUAUCUAUUGCUUUUAAAAGAAUUGAUCUUUCAUUACAAUUAUAAAUCUAUUGAGGAACAAACAUACAUAGCCACUAUUCAUUUUCUGUCUUCUCCAAUUUGGCACAACAUGAGGUUCUUUUACAUAAUUUUGGUUGACAUGACAUAAUGUAACACUACUGAGUUAUAUGAA